AUGAAUAAAUAUUUUGUAUUAUUAUUUUUUUUUAUUUUUUAUCUUAAAAUAAGCAUAUGUGAAAAUGAAAAAAAAGAAAUAUUUCCAGACAAGGAAUUAGAAAAUAUAGGUGGAAGUGCAGGCGAUAUUAUUUCAAGCUCUUCAAGAGCACCAUCAAAAGAACAUAACGAAACUCCUGAUGUUAAUAUUGCUGCAAAUAUAUUAAAAGGAUUAAAAAAUAUUCCUCCACCGAUUAUUCAAUUAAAUGAGGAUAAUUUAAUAGAUCCUGAAAUAAUUUGUGAGAGAGAUUACAAUUUGCCUUGUCCAAAUGAUUAUAAUUAUAUUGGCUUUAUUCAUGUAACUGAAGAUGAGAUAUGUGCUCCUGCAUCAACAUAUGAUGGUCCAUGCAAGGGUGAAGAAUUAAAUAUAAAAAACAUGUCUGAAAAAACAAAAGAGACUUGGUCUAAUAAAUGUCAAGCGUUUUGGCCAUGCAAAAAAUGUGUAAGAAACUUUAAUUCUUUUUGUCCAGAAAAAUGGAUUAAAGUUAAAGGUACUGUAAGAUCUUGUAAUCCUUCAACAAUAUAUACUGGCCCUUGUAAUUUUCAAAUGAAUUUUUCUGGAUAUAAUAUUCGAAUGUUAGAAGAGUGGAGUUUAAAAUGCAAAGCUUGGUGGAAAUGUGAUCAUUUAAAUUUUCCUGAUGAAUGCCCUGAUAAAGAUUCCCCAAUUACAACAGCAGCUACAAAGUGGAGAAUAAAAAAAAACUACCAAUAA